UUCCCGAAUAGCCUUCUCGGCAAUAAAGCCAAACGAGAAAAAUAUUAUAUGCAAGAUCUGAACGAGUACUUUUUCGACCGACAUCGAUCAGCGUUUGAGUCAAUUCUCUAUAUUUAUCAGAGUGGAGGAAGAGUUAAACGACCGGAGUCAAUACCGAUUGAUGUAUUCCUUAGGGAAAUGCGGUUUUUCCAGAUGGGAGAUCAACUCGUUGAAGAAUUUUGGAUUUCCGAAGGUUACGAAAAACCGACAGAGGCCGUUAUGCCCACCAAUAAGACCCAGCGACGAUUGUGGGAAUUAAUGGAGUAUCCAGAUAGCUCUCUAGCUGCCAGGAUCGUAGCAUUCAUCUCUAUAGCUGUAAUCGUCGUGGCCGAUGCGUCAAAGUCCAAUUCAUCUAUGUCUUUUGCGGUUCUUCGAGUACUUCGACUUGUUCGAGUAUUUCGAAUAUUUAAAUUGAGCAGGCACUCAGUUGGUCUGCAGAUUCUCGGGAAGACGUUUAAAGCUUCAGUACAAGAAUUCUGCUUGCUCAUCUUCUUUAUGGUGAUAGCUCUUGUACUUUUCUCAUCAGGAAUAUAUUUUGCUGAACAGGGCGAACCGUCUUCGAAAUUUACCUCCAUACCAGCUUCGUUUUGGUUCGUGCUGGUGACAAUGACAACAGUCGGAUAUGGCGAUCUGGUCCCAUUAAGCCCUCAAGGAAAGAUAGUUGGCUCAAUGUGUGCUCUGAUUGGAGUACUCACUCUCGCUCUACCCGUGCCCAUCAUCGUUAGUUUGAUAUAUUAA